UAAGCCCGGCCCAUGGCUGGCGCGCAGCCUCCCGAGGCGCUGCGUGGGCUGUAAGUGGUCGCCCAGCAAAUUCGAAACGCAGGUAUCCCCCCUCGAAGACGCCAGUGUCCGUCCCGGCGGAUGUUGUAAUCGUCUUUUCUGGCCUGGCGCUGCGUCGUGUCGUGUCGUGUCGUGUCGCAUGCAUCUGAUGCAUCUGAUAUGCGACCCCCACCCAGCGACGCUCCCACUUCCACGCUCCCCUCGACUCAAUGAUCCAUCAUCAAACCAUCAUCAUCACCAAGAUCAUCGUCCAGGAGAACGUGCAUACAUGCAUGUCCAUAGGUGCCUGCCUCCUUGUGUGCAUGUACGUCGCCAUGUAUGUAGGUCAACCCACGUAAUUAUGCCUGUGCCUGUGCGUGCGUGUGUGCGUGUCUCCUCCUUUGUUCGUCAAGAGGCGCGAUCUGCGAAAAUGUCCAUGCACCCGCUUGAGAUGCGCGCCAACUAAAAUAGCUCGUCAUGAUUCAUGUGGGGUACCUGUGAGCCACCGCCCGCGGGAAAAUUUCAUCUCGAACUCCAGAUGUGCACACCAACAAAUCCAUCGCCAGUCAUCCACACAACAGUGACCGCGCACACGUCCCGAGCUCUUGCAUACAACACUCCUCGGGCACUCCUUCUUCCCUGCGCGUCCAGCUUGCAGCCGCGCUUCUCGACGACAGACGUCAACUCCGCCGUGGAUAGCCAGCCAGCGGGCUUCCUUGGGAACCGCCAACACACCCGGUCAUGACGUCGACCAAUCGCGAGCCAACCUUGGGGGCUCCUUCGGACGCCACGAAUGCCGUUCUGAAGCCCUCCGAUCCCGUGCCCGAGGGCUCCCAGGAAGUGCGCGGCGUCGACUUCAACAACUAUGCGCAGCGACCCAUCUCCGUCGAGGAGCUCAUGGGAGCCUACGCCGGCAUGGGCUUCCAGGCAACAGCCGUUGGUGAGGCUGUGCGAAUCAUUAACGGCAUGCGCACGUGGAAGCACCCUGAAACGGGUGAAGGAACCACCAUCUUCUUGGGAUACACAUCCAACCUCAUCUCCUCGGGCUUGCGCGAGAUUCUCCGCUACCUGGUGCAGCACAAGCUGGUCUCUGCCAUUGUCACCACGGCUGGCGGCGUCGAGGAGGACUUUAUCAAAUGCCUUGCCCCCACGUACCUGGGCGCCUUCUCCACACCCGGCGCAGGGUUGCGUGCAAAGGGCAUGAACCGGAUCGGCAAUCUGGUGGUGCCCAACAGCAACUACUGCGCGUUUGAAGAUUGGGUGGUACCUAUUCUGGAUGCAAUGCUGGAAGAGCAAGAAGCGAGCAAGAAGACGGAUGAGCCGCUGCAUUGGACCCCCAGCAAGGUGAUACAGCGGCUGGGCAAAGAAAUCAACGACGAGCGGUCAGUCUACUAUUGGGCCUGGAAGAACGAUAUUCCCGUCUUCUGUCCUGCCUUGACGGAUGGUAGUCUGGGAGAUAUGCUGUUUUUCCACACGUUCAAGUCUUCGCCGGAGCAGAUCCGGGUAGAUAUCGUCGAGGAUAUCCGCAAGAUCAACUCCAUGGCGAUGAAGGCGAAGAGGGCAGGCAUGAUCAUCCUCGGAGGAGGGUUAGUCAAGCAUCAUAUUGCAAACGCGUGCCUGAUGCGCAACGGGGCCGAGAGCGCAGUGUACAUCAACACGGCGAACGAGUUUGAUGGCAGCGAUGCGGGAGCGCGGCCAGACGAGGCGGUCAGUUGGGGCAAGAUCAAGGUCGACGGCGACAGUGUCAAGGUGCACGCCGAGGCAACCGUGGUGUUCCCCUUGAUUGUGGCGGCGACGUUUGCCAGCGUACAAGGCAAGACUGGAGGAGAAGCGUGGUCUGGAAAUCCAUAA